GUAUUAUCAUAUGCAAGUAUCAUAGUGAAUAAUCUCUACUUUGCUUCUAAUUCUCUUGGUAAUGAAUGCAGUUGAUGUGGCAUGUUGAGAGUCACUUGAUGAUUCUUAAGCGAGACCCCAACUGAGAAGCCCCCAUGACGUUGCCUCUCUUGCUUGUCUUGGCCUGCUCGGGCGCAUUUUCGUGGAUCCAUUUAGGCGUCCAUCUCCUCCAUCAGCUUUCCCGCUUCCAGGCUGCCGUACAAGGUCAACGCUGGUCGGGCUGCGAGAAUGCAGCUGCACACAGUAUAUUUCGGGGCCUUACAGUGGCUCCGAAUCUAACCUCCCCUGCUUGGGACCCUGAGAAAAGCGCUGAUCCGAGCGGUGUUCAUGCAGGAUCUACAGCCGUAUUGGAGCACAUACAUGAAUCUCCACCAAUUGCAGCGGGAGCGAAAAGAAAAGAAGGAAAACUCUGUUGAUAGCCGCUAGAAAUACCAAUGAUACCUAUUGGGCAAACGCCUUUGGUAAGGUAGCGGCUGCUGGGCAC